AUGAGUACACUACAAGUCAACGUGGGAGACCGCCGUGUUUCUCGAUCGGACCCCCUCUCGCCGGAUUUAAUCAACUAUCUCAAAGAGUCCAUGCGAGAAUCGGUACAACAAGAUCCACCAUACGUUUUUGUCAUUUUUGGAGCAUCGGGAGAUCUCGCUCGAAAGAAAAUCUACCCAACUUUGUGGUGGCUUUAUCGCGAUGAUUUACUACCGAAAAACGUUCACUUCGUCGGUUAUGCUCGAUCAGAUCUAACGAUGGAGAAAAUUCGAGACAGCUUUGAAAAGAAUGCAAAGGUACGGGAUAACGAGAAAGACAAAUUUGAGGCAUUUUUGAAGCAAAACACAUAUAUCCAGGGUAGCUAUGAUAAGGUCGAGAGCUUCAAGAAACUACAAGAAUUUAAUGAUGAUUUACAGAAGAGGACGAAACAGCCCGUUAAUCGUCUCUACUACCUCGCUCUGCCUCCUUCAGUUUUCGCAGAAGUCACCCAACAUCUUAAGGAAGCUUGCAUGGACUAUGGCGAUUCUUGGACACGGAUAAUCAUUGAGAAGCCUUUUGGAACUGACAAAGAUCAGAUUUAUCGAAUUGAUCACUAUCUGGGAAAGGAAAUGGUCCAAAACCUGAUGACACUACGAUUUGGAAAUCGUCUGUUUGGUCCCUCUUGGAACCGUGAUCAUAUUGCAUCGGUGGUAAUAACUUUCAAGGAAGAUUUCGGUACUGCAGGACGGGCGGGAUAUUUCGACACUUCAGGCAUUAUUCGCGACGUUAUGCAAAACCAUCUAAUGCAGGUUCUUACCCUGCUUGCAAUGGAAAAACCCGUUUCCCUCAACGCUGAGGAUAUUCGAGAUGAAAAAGUUAAAGUUUUGAAAUCGAUGCCGCCUGUUGAAUUGAAAGACGUCAUUGUUGGACAGUAUGUUGCAAAUCCCGACUCAGCUCAUCCUGAAGCCAAGGCUGGCUAUUUGGAUGACAAAGAUGUUCCAAACGAUUCAGUUACACCUACCUAUUGCAUGGCGGUUUUGAAGGUAAAUAACGAGCGAUGGGACGGCGUUCCUUUCAUCAUGAAGUGCGGGAAAGGUCUCGAUGAAAAGAAAUCUGAGGUUCGAAUUCAAUUCCGCGAAGUCCCUGGUGAUAUUUAUGCUCCGGGUGAGCUGAAAAGAACCGAGCUCGUGAUUCGCGUUGCCCCAAAUGAAGCUGUCUACCUAAAAUUGAUGACCAAGAAACCGGGGAUGGAUUUUGGAGUCGAAGAGUCUGAAUUGUGGAUCUAUCCUACAAUAGUCGCUAUCAUGGUGUCCGUCUACCUGAUGCAUAUGAGCGUCUAUUCCUUGAAGUCUUUAUGGGAUCUCAAAUCAAUUUUGUCCGUUCCGAUGAGCUUGAACAUGCAUGGCUUCGGUGGCGUGAUCCCAGGAGUCGAUCACACAAAUCUCGAUCCAUCCGGACGAUCCGAUUUGCUCAGAACAAUCGAUAAAGCAAAGGUUCACAAAAAUCCCUCAAUUUUUGAUUUAGCAAUCAUGUAUUGUAGGACAAAGGAAAUAGCCGAAGCUGUUUGUGAAUGUGCGUCGAAUCGUUUCCAACGAAUCUAUCGAGAGGCUCUCAUUACUGUACCGAGCACUGUGAUCACGAGAAAUAGACUUUUGACCGAAAGUCGAACAGCUUCUUCUCCACUUGUUGACGAUUUAAGAAGUGCAGCCACUCCACCCCGAGCUCCAUCUGCUUCCACAGCUUCAACUGUGAACACAUCACUGGCAAAUGAUUACAUUCAAGAGGUAAAACAAAAAACUUGCAAUUUAAUGGGAAAUGUGCUUACUUUCGGCUUGCUAGUUGUUUGUCUACCAAAUGAACCUCGCGAAUUUGCAGAAUUAAUUGGAAGAUGGCAAGUCGGAGAUCUUCCCGUUCGAGAACUCACUCUAAAAUUGAUCGAACUCUAUGGCCCGGAAAGGAGACAAGCUCUCACUAAACUUGGUGCUCUGAUGGCCGAGCAAGAACAAGAAGAGUUUUAUUCGUUUUUGGCAAUCAACGGCGUUCAAGUGGAUCUGGAUUUCAGA